AUCUGAUAGCCCAACUCAUCAUAUGCAUAGCUCUCCCUGUCUAUCCCUGUCAACUGGAGGCUGAGGAAAGUUCUCACUGCAAUCAAACUUUUCCCCACCCAACACUCUAGAUGAGAAUGGGGCAAACCUCCACACUGCUACCAAUCCCUGGGAGUGAAGGCUAAAUCUCCUUCAAUCUAACCCCACCCUAUACUUCCCACACCCAGGAACCAUAUCCCAGAAUAUACCCAAAAUUGGCUCUAUGAGGCAGCCCUGUGUCCUUCAGCCUGAUCCUGGUGGUCUAACCCUACACCUUGCCUCCUCUGGCCGACUCCGCUCUUGGCCGCAACCUCUCUCCUGCACCCUCCCGCGGGGCUGACCGCUUUCAGUGUGCCAGCUCUGAUACAUGCCUUUCCCACUGUUGGCUCUCCUGAAGCUGCACUGGGAUUGGGAGACUCGGAGAGAAGACUGGAGUACAACUGGAACCCGGACAAACGGAUUCACAGUCCCUCGGCCUGGGCCCAUCCCUCGUGUAUACACAUACAUGUUGGCACACAUGCUGUGGUACACAUGCCAAACACUUUCUCAGCUGACACACAGAGACAUGGCAAAUAGCUACUGAUAGACACGCACACGCGCAUGCCAAGUCCUUGUCCUCAAACACACAUGCCUCUUCUCUCUCUCUCUCUGGCCAGGAGUGUUCUCCCUCCUCCAUCCCUUCUGCCUCCCAUCUGGUGUCCCAUCCUCUGUCCAAGGUCGGGACAGACACCUGAGGGGCUGCCAGCAGCUUCCCCUCUUGGGCCUGGGCCCCCCCUCAUGCUUCUUGCCCAUCCUGUCCACAGGGGACUCGUGGGGGAUGUUAGCGUGCCUGUGCACGGUGCUCUGGCACCUCCCUGCAGUGCCAGCUCUCAAUCGCACAGGGGACCCAGGGCCUGGUCCCUCCAUCCAGAAAACCUAUGACCUCACCCGCUACCUGGAGCACCAACUCCGCAGCUUGGCUGGGACCUACCUGAACUACCUGGGGCCCCCUUUCAACGAGCCUGACUUCAACCCACCUCGGCUGGGGGCAGACACUCUGCCCAGGGCCACUGUCAACUUGGAAGUGUGGCGAAGCCUCAAUGACAAACUGCGGCUGACCCAGAAUUACGAGGCCUACAGCCACCUUCUGUGUUACUUGCGUGGCCUCAACCGGCAGGCUGCCACAGCCGAGCUGCGCCGCAGCCUGGCCCACUUCUGCACCAGCCUCCAGGGCCUGCUAGGCAGCAUUGCAGGCGUCAUGGCAACUCUGGGUUACCCGCUGCCCCAGCCUCUGCCCGGGACUGAGCCCACUUGGACCCCUGGCCCUGCCCACAGCGACUUCCUCCAGAAGAUGGAUGACUUCUGGCUGCUGAAGGAGCUUCAGACCUGGCUGUGGCGCUCAGCCAAGGACUUCAACCGGCUCAAGAAGAAGAUGCAGCCUCCGGCAGCUGCGGUCACCCUGCACCUGGAGGCCCAUGGCUUCUGAUCUCUGACCUUUACCAACUCCUCUUCCCUAGCCCUUCAAACCCUGCUCCCACUCUAGGAGGGAGAACCCUGUAUGUCAACACUUGUUGAGCCAGGAGACAGAAGCCACAAGCCUCUGGCCCUCCCCUGGACUUGGGGGUGUGAUGUAAUAAGCCCUGUCUCCCUCCCACCUCCCAAAGGCUUACAGAUCUGGGGAAGAGGUGCAAUAAGGCCGAUCCUGUUUCCACAGGGAGUAAUGCUCAAGGGAGUCCAAAGUGGUUCAAGGUGGUAUAAAGGCUCUCACAGCCUCCUGCCUUCUGCCUACCACUUGGCCAGUGCCCACCCAGCCCCUUAAGCAGCACUUCCAGGAAGCACACCUGGGGGACAGGAGUAGACAGCCACCACAGCACGUGCCUUCUGGGGUGAAGCCCUUUGGCUGCCCCACUCUCCUUGGAUGGGUCUUGCUCCUCCACCCCCAAAUAACUCCACACAUCCAAUUCAGGAAACAAACAUGGUGGCAAGUCUAAACAGAGAGAGAUGGGAUUAAAAAUAAAAGGGGUGGGGCCUGCAUUGGUAGUGGCCUACAGACCAGAAGAGAUAAUACUGAAAGCAGAGGGGCAGGGACAGACCAGACCCAGGAGUCAGCAAAGCAAUCAGUGGCACAGAGUGGCAAACAAAAGCCAUGGUGAACAUUAGGACCUUGCCUUAAAUUUUCUUGCCAGCAUCAUGGUGCCUCUUCUCUGCCCCUUUCCCAGGGUAUCUGUGGGUUGCCCACGCUGGGGAGGGCAACCAUAGCCACAGCCACAGGAUUUCCUGAAAGUUUACAUUGCAGUAGCAUUUUGGGGUGUGGGGUGGCAGCUCCCCCAGGCCCUGCCCCCCCAGCCCCACUCACUCAUGACUCUAAGUGUGUUGUAUUAAUAUUUAUUUAUUUGGAGAUGUUAUUUAUUAGAUGAUAUUUAUUGCAGAAUUUCUAUUCUUGUAUUAACAAAUAAAAUGCUUUCCCCAGAACUUA